ACUGCAAAUAAUGAUUUUGGAGAAUGCAAGCUUCUAUUGAGAAAAUGGCAAAAGGAUCUUGAUGAUAAUCAAGAAGAUUUAAUCCUAGAAACAUUUGAGUCAAUAAUAAAUAAUUUUAAACCAGAAGUGUAUAGGAAAGGUUUAAAAGAAGAUUCCUUUGUACAUGAAGUUUUUGAACCCAAUAUGUUAGUUAAAGAAUUAUUUUCAGGUCAACUGAUGUUCUGGAAGCAUCUGUACAUAGGAAACGUAAAAGUAAAAUCUGCUGAAUAUAUGUCAUCAAAUAAAAACAAAAUUACUUUGGAAGAUUGUGACUUGGUAAAAUUAGGAAAUGAAAUGAAGGAUAUAAUCGACAAAUGUUUUGAUGAUGGGGUAGAAGAUAGCAAUCUAGUAAUUUGUGGCUUUCUGUGUCGUGUAUAUACUAUGGAUUUAAAAUUUGAAGCAAUAUAUAGGAUGAUUCUUUUGGGGAAAUUUUAUCUCCCUCGGGAUAGCUCUGACCUUGGCGUACUUCCUAUUUCAAUAGAACGUCUGAUGCAAGUAAAAAAUAUAAUGAACUGUUCUUCCGAAAUCUGUAAGAGGAAAAUUCAGAUCUUAGCUGAUAAUGAAGUAACUUGA